AUGAACCGAAGUUCGCCAACAUCUGAGGCUCUACUGCUGUUCCCAGCAACGCUUAGCCAAGCUAUUGAAAUCAAUGAAAACCCGGAAACAGAAACAGACUCUGUGCUCGAGAUGUUGCCUUAUUCUAAACUGAAGCAGAAGUGGAGAGAGCAACAACAAAAACGGCAGACCUGGGUUAAUCGAGCCAUCAAGUGCUGCAACUGCGAAGUAACUGGCUCAGCGGUCAACAAAUGCGCAAAUAAUCGAGAGGCCAUGCAAAUAUCGGCUCCAGUUGGGCGAGGCGUAUCUGCUCUUAACAUUCCAAAGGACCCAACUUCCCCCUGUCUACGUUCCGUGGAUUUACAAAGUGGGAUCCACGCUUCCACGGAAUCUCUUGCCAUGACUAUUCUGAUAUCCGUGGUGAUUAAUUAUCGCGUUCUCAAAGUGUCUGAUGAGCUUUGGAAGAGGUUCAACUCCUUGGCUUCGGGUAUUGCUGAUCCGGCCGGAUGUUUGGCGUUGGCUAAUGUAUUUUAUGACUUUCUCGGCCGCAUACACACUCUUAAUGCUGAUUUUUCACGCCGGGACCCAUACAACGCCUCAUUGCUGGCGGGAGAACACGAAGAAUCGAGGGGUACCGUAAUGGCAGCUACAGUCCAUGUCUACCGCAUUCACGAUCCGGAACCCUCCGUGAUUCCUCGCACUUGGCUAUCCCCUCAGUAUGCCUAUGGAGCCCAUGUGUUUCGUUGGAAAGAGUAUUUGUUUAUCACCUCCAACAAGAAGCCGAAUGUCUCCGGAGUUCAAGACAUUUCUUUGAAAGGGCUCAGUGAUGAGCAAGGCUUUCUCCACGCUGCAGCUGCUUCUCGGAAAGCACCUCAAGUUGUUGAACAAGCAUAUCUGGAGAUUAUAAAUAAUGAAGAGCUCGCAGGAGAAUUUACAGCCGUCUGUGACUGUUGCGAUGCAGUGAUGAUCGAGUAUCUGAAAAUCGUGAAGACUGAAUGGUUGAAAUUUGCUGAGGCAUUCGAGUCUGGGCUCCAAUGCCUUCUUCAAACGACUAAGGAGGCAGAAGUAGAAAAGGCCCUAAAGCAGUUGAAGAAUUGUCUGCAUAUUCUCAGAGAUACCAUGGGAAACAUCACUCAUGAACAACAAACGGAGAACAUUCAACACUCCAAGAGCUGGGCGCUCGACUCCCUCCUCUGUCUUCUCGGGGAUUGUCUAGGCAGGAUGGAAAUGAUCAAUUGGGCAUUUGAUAUGGCUAAACCAUCUAAAGAGCCAUAUGACCUGCUCCGUCUUCGGGGUGAUUUGAUGUACAUCAAGGGACGAUACAAGCAGGGGAUAGAGGAACUGGACGAGAACCUGGCCCGUCUGACGGCAAAUGAUGAUGCUGCAACAUCAACCCUGACUGGAAGGUCUACUGUCCAUCAAAGUCUUCUGCAUCUAUGCAUUGUUCUUCUUGAGUCCCAGCCUUCAAUCACAGCCCACCGCCUCAGACGGCAGCUGGAUAUUAUGAACUGGCAGUCAACCAACUGGGAAAAAACCUGCAAUGAAUCCGAUGAUCUUUCUGAUGACAAUUACCUUGAUAUCGCGUUUACUUUAGAGGACCUCGAGGCAUUUGAAGGCAUCAAAUUAACAGGAGAGAUGGUGAAGGAACAGUACACAGCUCUGAUGAGAGAACUGAGAAGGCUCGCUGGUGAUAUAGCGCCUGGUGUACUCAAAAGUGAUGAUUUUUCUCUCACUGCGAACGUGAUCCUAAUCUGCACAGGUAUUGGGGUCCAUGCGGUCGCCCCCCAGCUGGAGGACGAUUUCUAUGCCAGGACGGAUUUUGAGAAUCAUGCUGCAGAGCUCAGCAGAUCGCCACUGUACCAGGAAAAGCGGAUCUCUUCUGAGGGCGCAGCAGACGAACUCGACCGCAUUAUCCUCCCUUUACGACCCAACAGAGACCCGGCUCCGUCCCCUGAAAUCAAAGACAGCGAUGUCUCUCGCCUACCGCUGCCUGAGAGGCGGUUGGGUAAAAGACUGAGUGAUGGCGAUUUAAGCCAACAGAAACGGUCGAAAAUGUCGGAGGCAAGUGAUUUCUGGUGA